CAGCGCUAAAGCUGCAGCACGGGUGUACUGGGGGCUGCUUAGAGCCCCAGUUACAGUCAGGGGUGAAUUAAACUACAAACGAGGCUUGUUUGUGGGGGGACAGCGUGUUUAAAGUGGGAGUUUGAGGAGGAGAAGGAGAGGGUGAUGAGAGUUUCAGGUAGCUAUGGGAUCCAUAUUCAUCCGCUCUGAGUUCCUGCUUCUCUCACACACGCAGCAGAGGAGCCCAAAGUUACCCGGAUGGAACUGUCAUGGCCGCCGUCACUGACCUGCCAGUGUGAGGAGAAAAGAAAGUUACUUGAUAGAACAUGGAGGCCACUUCAGAUGACCCACCAGAAAGCUAUGACCGCAGCAGGGAUGUUGAUGAAGAUGUCACCAUUGUCCACACAUGGCCUCCUUCAACAGAACUUGCAAAUCAGACAUCAGAGACAGCAUAUAAUGAAGACAGUGACCAAGAUGAGACAGAGUCUGAGGAGACAGGUGCUGAUGAUUCUCAGACAGAAGGCAAAGCCGCUGAGAAAUCACCAUGUAAGAUGCAACAGGGUGCAAUUUUCUCUGGGAAAAUCCUGAGUUUUUGCUGCUCUGAAUGUAAAGGUGAUACCACUUAUAGCCCCAAUGACUUGCUGAAACAUUUUCAAGUAGCUCACAGGGGAACGCUCCCAACAUAUCCCUGUGAUCUGUGCACCUUUGUCACCAACGAGUUCUCUUCUCUCCAGCGGCAUCGCAUUGGACAUCGUGACACUUUGGUCACUUGUGAGAUUUGCAACGAUGGAGUACAAUACUCUCUACUUUUACUCACCAGGCAUUUUAUUAUGUGCCAUAGCUGUAAUGGACUGUUUCGCUGCAAAAAGUGUGACUUUUCCACCAGAGAUGCAGGCACCUUUGUUCAACACAUCCAUCAUCAUAACGAAAGUGGCACCAAAUGCGAAAGGUGUCCACCCCUGAGUCCGACACAAGGGAAGGCUCAGUCUGGGACUUUCCCUUUCACUUGUCAGUUUUGUGGCUAUGGUGCUGCACGGAAGGAGUAUCUAAAUAAGCAUCUGUCUAUGGCCCACAGAGAUGAAAUGGAUAAAACAAACAGGAGGAAGUCAGUGGAGGACAACGCUGGAGUUAACUCCUCUGGACUGAAGCUGCUGCUCAAAAAAAAUGCUGCUGCUGCUGGAGGAUCCAGGGAAUCCCAGUGGAUGUCGAAGCUGAAUGCUCUAUCUGGUGUAGGUCUGCUUGACCACAAUGGGAGAUUGUUAAAUCCAGAGAAGACACUAGAGGAAACCCAGCAGUUUCUUGAGAGAGCUGUCGGCGUGAAAAAAGAGAGUAAUAUGUGGACUAAAAGUCCACUUAAGAGUGAACCACAAUGUUCUUACCCUGUUACACCAACUACUGCACAGCCAAAGAUACAAGAGAACGAACUCAGUUCAGGAUCUGGGCUUGUAAAUCCAAGCAACAAUAAUGGACUGACUGUUCUUAUGGUCAAAAACAAAAUCUCCAUCCCUCCUAACUGUACCACAAAAGUCAUGGGCUUUAAGAUGGUUGAUGGUAAGAAGCAUUUGGUUUUAAAAGUCAUACCAACCUCUACCAAAAAUGAGGUGUUGCUUGCUGAUGCCCCUGAGGAUGAUAAAAAGACACUUAACUCUGGGAAAAAGACAGAUUUCACUGCUUCAAUAAAACUAGAGGCAAAUGACAUUGAAAGGGACACUGGGGACCAGUCACUUUUAUUGCAUGAACAUGAAGCAAACAGUAUAGCUGCAGAUCAGGUUGGUGAUGAAGUUCUUGAAACGUCUAUCCAGUUGCCAACCCCUCGAUCAGACUCACAUUUUCGAGACUCAGUUUCCACUAUGACCAAAGAGGCUUUAUGUUCCACAAACCAGAACAGUAGUCCAGAUAGGACGUCACAGCAUUACAAUCAUGAGCUUCCUGUUUCCAAUCUAUCUGUUGAUGAGUCUCAAUCAACAAAUUCCCAGAAACAAACUGCCACACUCCCAGAUGGAACUGUAGAAGAGGUCAUGAACACAGAUUUGCUCAGGGUGAAAGAAGCUUCAUCAGAAUCUCUGAUCAAACAAAACUAUGACGUAGAUUCAGAAUCUACAGAUGAGCCCACAUCCCCAGAGGUCAUUUCUAAUGUGAAAUCAUGUGUGUUUCCUGUAUCAGCAAAUGAUAACCAACCAUCUGCCUUAAUCCUUAAUUGCAUUGCAGAUGAUGCCACUCCCACUUCUGUCUCAGGCGAGUCUCCUGGCCAGAUGGGUCAUUUAGUGGGUCAUAAAAAUUGUAAAGCUGAAUCCCCUGAAGCUUCUUCUUCAUGUGAAAGAAUGACUGAGCAGAGUUCACCUCAAACUCCUGUAAAAAAGAGCCCAAUUUCGGUUUCAGCAGAGAAACAGUCCAAUCCAACAAUUGUUGUUGAUGAAGAGGAUACUUCAUUAUUAAACAGUGCUGCAGCCACAGCCCCUUCUGAAUAUUUAACAAAUGAAAAGAGCUUUCACAAUUAUUCACUCAUUGACAUUAAUCUGCAUACUGAUUCCUCCUCUGGUAAGGAACUAGGCUCAGAUAAUACAGCUGUGCAGUGCAAGUCCUCUGUUGUAACUCCAAAUGGAACCAGUUCAGGUGAGUCCCCAGUUCCUACAGACAGUAAUGUGGAUGCUGAAACUUUUCAAAAUUCCCCAAGUCAGGAGGUCUUCAGUUUUCACAAUUACUCUAAAGACUCUUUUGGCAGUUCCCCUGGUUCACUGGAAGCUGAUAACCAAUCCGCAGAGGACUUUGAGGAAGAGUGUGAAGAAGAUUUUGAUGAUCUCAAGCUGUCUUCGGACUGGAGCUUAACACUACCUGACUCUCCACCACUUGAACAGUCUGAAGAAGAAAAUGUUGGAAGUGGUGGAGAAGGUAGUGCAGGUGGUGAUGUAAUUUUUGCAAGUGAGAAGAAAGACCUAGAAAGAGUGUCAGAUAGCGAUAUAGAAGUUGAUGAGUGCAUAGCUACUGUCGAUGAGGAGCUGUCCCUUCCAUUGUCACGAGAGGCAGGAGAAGAAUCUGCAUCUCUGACAGAGGCUGAAAAGCUAGCAAUGAAGGGUGUUUCUCCUGCGAUCGAGAAGGGACCUGCAACUUUGAGUAAUGCAGCUGUUCUGGGCAAAAUACUUGAAAAGCAUUCAGAUGCUAUAAUCAGCCAGCAGCUCGAGAAAGAAAGGAUGGUAUCUUCAGCUGCUACGUCAGAUGCUAUCAGGCCUACCAAAACAACACUUAGGAUCCUGCAGACUCCUGAGGGAAAACAGCAGAUGUUCCUCCAGACCACAGAGACUCCAUAUGCUGUGCCAGUCCAGCUGCAAAGCAGUCCUGGGUUCAAGCUUAUUACGAAGUCCUGUGCUUCCAAAGUCAAUGUGUCCUAUAUGAAGCCAGGAAUUGAAAGGCCUAGCAAAGGUACAGCGUUAUCUUUUACUUUAAACGGAGGCAGAAUUGGAAUGUCGGCUCAAGGUUCAAGCACAGAGGGCGAAGGUUAUGCAUCUCUCCUGCAAGCAGUAAGCAGCAGUGGAGGCCGCUACUUCGUCAAUGCCUCCUCCCUGAAAGGGCCUCUUCUCUUAUCAAGUGCUGUGAAGCAGCCACUGUCAGGAGAGCAAACAACAAAUUCGCAACAACCAACAUGUUAUUUAGUUCAAAGACCGCUUCCUGUUGCACCAGUAAGCAGUGAGUCCACCAGUUCGACCAAAACUGUGCUGACCACUUGCCCAGUACUGGCUAUGCCUGUGAACUCUGAAAAAGCAGCUGCUGUGCAAACUGGACGGCAGGCAUACUUGUUAAGAUACUUCUCUCCAGCUAAGUCAGGGAUACUGCUUAAUAGCUCAGAUGGGAACGGCAGCCAUGCGAAUGAAGAACGCAAAAACAGAGUUUUCCUCAAGGUUAUAAGAAGUCCUAAUGGCACAAGGUUCCUCCCCACUGCCUCUCCAUGCACAUCAGCCAAAAAACCUAUUUAUGUGGCUGCAAGUUCUCUCCAAUCACCAUGCUUUCUUAUGUCCUCAAAUAAAGCCUUUACCAGUUUGUCAGCAGGGCUGAAAACCUCCACUACUCCUAAUCUCAUUCCACCAAAGCUCAAAAACAUUUUACCCCAAUCAGGCACUGACAUUAAAUACCAGGACGAGGAUGGUGUUGUGAUCCAGAAGUCUUCGAUGAUCCCCAUGCACGUUCGCCAACGUAGCCAACGGAAAAGAAGGCGAAGGGCUGUGUUUGAGGAACAGUUUGGGAUCUCUUCUAAAACACGGAGAAUCUCAAGCAAGUCACCUCCUGAGAAAGAGGUUUCCCCACUGUGGGAGCCUGCAGCAAAAGAUGUUGAGAGAACACUUAGGCUCUCCCCCUUCAGCCCACUUCAGCAAAUCAAAUGCCCUCGUCAGAACCAGCCGGUGGUGGUGCUGAACCACCCUGAUGCUGAUAUUCCUGAAGUGGCAAACAUCAUGAAAUCAGUCAACAGGUACAACAGUGAAGUUGUGAAGGUCUCAUUGUCCCAGAGUACAGUCAAGGCCCUCUCUGAGUGGAGUCUUAAUGGUUCCGAAGGCACACUCUCAAAGCCAAGUGCAAGAGGUCGGCCAUUAGAACCCAGUGUCCGAGAACGUUUCAUCUUAAAACUAAAACUGAAAAAGAAAAGCAGACGCAAAUACGAGGUGGUGAGGUUGGCCUCCUCCACAGAGCAGAUGCCCAAGUUCAGUUGUUGGUUUUGUGGCCGAGUAUUCAGCAAUCAAGAAGAUUGGAUCGGCCAUGGACAGCGGCAUCUCAUGGAAGCUACAAGAGACUGGAAUAAGCUGUUUUAACUUUGUCACGAGGCCCUUUGUAUGGGUCAGAAUCCGUCCCCUAAUGUAGAAACGAGACUGAUAACUGAUUCUGAUUUCUAUUUCUUUUUAAAAAAAAUAGUACAGUUAGAUACACUUAAGCUGUCAAAAUUAUUUUUUACAUAGAUAUCCCUCCAGAAGUUUUUAAAUGGGUAUAGUGUAAUAGACAGAGUUUGGUACCUGAAACCAAUUUGUAUGUAAAUAGUUUUAACCCGUGUAUAUUUAAAUCUAAACCCUCGCGUAUGUACAGAAUGGAACUGUGAAAACUGGACACACUGUACGUUUAUGGUGCAUGCAAAAAAAGAUCAUCACUGGUAUAAAAAGCAGGUGCUGUCUGUGAUGGACCUCUUUCAAUGCAGUCAGUUAACAAAUUACUCAGGUAAUUUCAUAAUAUUCAAAAGAACAGUCCAGUUUGUUAAGAGAUCUUUUAUAUAUUAGCUCAGCAAUUGUGUUAAAAGAGGCGUUCUUUACAGUUUCAGUUGUUUAGGUUGGCUGCAUUUAUUAUCCAUUGCUAGAGGUCUCUGAGGUUGUUUUCACAUUAAGAUUGUUUUGAUCCCAUCUUAAUUAUAAUAACAGACGACAUAGAUGACAUGCAGGCAUACAUUUAGGUCUUUGUUGUUGUUGAAUCCUAUGCGGUCCACAGACUCACCACAGGCCUUUUCAGGGUUUCUAUUAUAAUAUGUUAGUGAAAAUCGAGUGCAGAAAUACAGUUCAAACAUUUCCUAAAUCUGUAAAGUCUCCCCUUUCAAUUGCAUUUUACACUGAGAUUGACUAUAAUUGAUUUGCAUCUAGGAGUUAUUAGACUAUACAAAAAAGAUUAGAUUUUUAAUUUAUUUAUUUUCUAAUAUUUAUUUCUGUUUUAUCCCAUUUUACUUGGAAAGGUAAUUACCCCAAUACGACACUCUGAUCAACUAUCUGGGGUCUGCAUUUAAAGUAAUUCCACAGUUAUAUAUUUAAGUGCAUUGUUAGUAAUUUCCUGAGUGUCUGUUGGUCAGUGUCACACAAAACAUAGACAAGCUCACAGAAAUCACAUGUAAAAGGCAGACAACAAUGUCUAAAAUCCAUCAGUUAGACACGAUAAGAGGCACAAGACAAGUUUCUCAAUCGCAUUGCAUUAUCCUGAAGAUAUUAAUAGAAAUAUUGAGAUGCAUCUGUGAGUUUGUGGACCCCAGAGGGUUAGAAAGCUACUGAAGUUACAGAUUCAUCUUUUAUCCUUGAAACAAUUUUUUAGGUUUCUAUGGAAGCUAUUAUUUCGAUGUUGUUUAAUUCUGACACUGUAUUUUCAUUCACCUUUUCUGUUAAUUGUGUCGUCUUGGUGCUAUUGCAUGUCUUUAUUUUUUAAUGCAUCAAAAUUGAUCAGUGUAAUUUAGUAGCAAUAAUGUUUUUUUUUUCUUCCAUGGUUUUCUCUGUUUAAAUGAAGUUUGAACCUGCAAAACAUGGCCCACUUCAGUCACGAAAAGAUUUUUUUAAAAAGUGUUGCGAUGUUCAGAUGCAAGCCCCAAAACUUAAAUGGCCAACCAAACACUAACUCCAUUAAGUUCUCAUUUUCCAUGAUCCUCGAGUGCCUCGACUUGCCUGAAAAAUUUUAGGAAGAUGGUUGUUCUUUUUCAUUUCCUUAUGCUUGAAGGGUUCCUAGUGGUGAUUACUUCAUUACAAAAAUGUAUAGAAAAACAGGCUGUGCCCCAAUUGCAUACUAAACACUAAUAAAAAUAUAUAUAUACUAAUUUGACUAGUGCAGGUUGGUAUACAAAUUAUUAAAUGUACUAACAGGAAGUGAUGCUGACAUCACUGCAAGUUCAGUUGCCCCCAUUGCUGCUGAACUUGCAUCAUUAUCCUCAAUUUUUUAUAUAUAUAUAUGGUACAUAGUUCAUACUGAAAAAAAUAGUUAGGUUUAGAAAUUUGUAUGCAAUUGGGAUGCACUCACAGACUUAAGUGUUCAAAAAUGUAACAUUUUUUUUAUCUUUAUUUGGUAAAGGGUUAGACUGUCUGCAGUGCAGUGUAAUGUCAUGUAAAAAUAAGACACAAUUUUAUUCUAGUCUGCAGUUUAGUUAACUUGGAUGGUCUAAAUGUAUUGAUAACAUAGUACCACCACUAGAGUGAACCUAUACUUUAACCUGUUCUUUCUUCAGCCUGUCUUUGUGGUUAAUAACUUAUGCAAAUCUUCCUGCCAGCCAUUCAGAGUAAAAUGGUCAACUUAUGAAUGACAGGUUCUACUUUACCUCACUUGCUGCCAGCAUUCACAAUAUCAUGUGCAUUAAAAGCCAGCAAAUUGAGCAGAUUUACAAAUGCACACAUUUCCUUUGUUGUUAAUGAGGGUAAUAUAUUAAUUUCAUAAGAAAGGUUUUAGUUUUGUGUUAUUUUUUCUACCCCUAAUUUUCAAGUUAAUUUAUGUCAUUCACUGUGGUUUGUGUAUUGCUUGUGCUUUUUCACUGUAACUACUCAAGAUAAACAUUGACACCAGAGGUUGGAAUAUUUGAGUUAGGUGUCUUUUUGUUAGUGUAGCUCAUCAGACAUCACUUCUUCAAAUCUUUCUACUCUUUUCUCUUAAGACAAUCACUAUUACAACUCAAAGCAGUUGAACUGAAUGAAGUCAGUUUACCACAGUUUUGUAUCCAGUUCAUUCCUCCAUUGUUUGUUGUUGUUAUAGAUGUUAAUGCAUCAUUAGAAACCUGCAUCUCUGUAUAAUGUUCUCCACUCACUGACCACUGACCUCUGACCUGUACUCUGCUCAAGUGGCCCUGCCUAACACUACCACUACACUAUGCCAUCAGCAAGCAAAAAGCAUGAUCACCCUCACUCUGUCACAUGCCAACACAACAGCAACCAAAUGAUUUUCUCCUGAGGCAAAAAAAGAAAGAGAUAAAGAAAGAAAAAGUUAAUUGUUUGGAGUUGAAAGCUUAUGUCAUACAGGUUGUUGGGAUUUAUUGGGAUGUGAGAAAUUUUAUUUUUUUAUGAUAAGUGCCUAAAAUGUGAUGCACCAGGUUGACACUAUAUUGUACUGUACUUGCCUCCUUGCAGUUCAUCCUUGAAUAAAUGUAAAUACUUUGAAAGAA